GGCGGUACCUUCCCCUACGAUCCUUCGACUUGCAAAUUCACCUCUGGAGCUCCGAGAAGCAGCCGCCCGUCCACCGAGCCCCCAAUCUGCGGCCCUUGUACCGGAGGUCCCCAGCACCCUUCAACAUCCUCAACCAUGGCAGCGGAUACCGAGCGAGUAGAGCCGGGGGAGAGCGAGGAGGAAGUGGAGGAUGUGUACGAAGUGGAGAGGAUCAUAGAUAUGCGAGUGGAGGAGGGAGAGGUGCUGUAUCGCGUGCGCUGGAAGAACUACUGCUCAGAUGAUGACACGUGGGAACCCGAGGCCCACCUGGAAGACUGUCGAGAGGUUCUCCUUGCAUUUAAGAAGAACAUCGCAGAAGCCAAGUCCAAGAAGGAAGCAGAGGCCAAAAAGAGUGUGAAAGUGCUUCCUGCCAAGAGCGACCUGUUGAUCGCAGACUCUGACAGUGACAGUGACAAAGACCGUCCCACUGACCUCCCAGUCAAGAAAAAGAAGAAGAAGCAGCAUAUGGAAGAGCCGCUUCCGAAAGAGAAGAAGAAAAAGAAGAAGAAGAAGGAGCGACAUCAGGAUGACUUCAGGCCACUGCCCGCCCCAGAAACAGAUGAGGAGGAUGAGCCCACCACCACGCCGCCUUCUUCACCAAAGAAGAGAUCAACCCACUCCGAGGAUGAGGACGAACAGGACACUGUGCCAGCUAAGAAACAAAAGAAGGACAAGAGCAAAGAGGCGCCCAAAGCCAAGCUUAAGGCUGAGGAGAUCAAGAAGAAAAAAGGCAAGAAGGAGGUGAAGAUGGACACUUCAGAUGAUGACACAGCUCCUAUUGAGGAGGACAUCAGCGAGAGUCUGUCUGAAACACCCGCUGAAGACAUCACUUCAGAAACUCUCAGGACAGCCCAGAGCAUCUACCUGGACGACAAGUUCAAAGAGAAGAAAGGCAAAUGGGAGGUGAAACUGCAGGGCUUUAAAAACCUGAUCCAGAAGAAGGAGACUAAAAAGCCUGAUACCUCACCCAAAGAGAGCAGCCUUCAGAAGCUCAAGAGCCUGACGUCUAAGGCCAAAGAGGACUUGGCUCCAAACUCCUCCGACUCCAGCGACAGUUCCACGGCCCACAGGAAAUCCAAGAGCAAAGACAGAGCUACAACCCCCUCUUCUGUUUCAGCUACACCCAGCACCAGACCCAAGGAGGAGAGGCCCAAGGAGGAGAGGCCCAAGGAGGAGAGGCCCAAGGAGGAGAGGCCCAAGGAGGAGAGGCCCAAGGAGGAGAGGCCCAAGGAGGAGAGGCCCAAGGAGGAGAGGCCCAAGGAGGAGAGGCCCAAGGAGGACAGGCCCAAGGAGGACAGGCCCAAGGAGGACAGGCCCAAGGAGGACAGGCCCAAGGAGGACAGGCCCAAGGAGGACACUCCAGCACAGAAGGAUUCUACUGGCAGCACCAACCUGUUUGAGAAAUUUCUGUUGAACUGUGAGGCCAAGGACCGAGCGCCACGGAGACCUGCACCGCCCCCAGAGAAGAGCGCCAGCAAGCCCCUCAAGUUAAUUGGGAAAAUUGAGAAGAUCCCUAAGUCAUCCAAGGAGUCUCCUGUGCAGAAGGCAGAUGCUGACAGGACUGAGAAGCUCAAGCAGACAGAAGCGGUCUCCAAAGCAGGCCAGAGCCAUGGCUUCAGUCUGGACAAUGAUGAGAAAGAAGGCGAGUUCAGCCCCAAAAGUCGAGGUGGUGACGAAGCCCGGAGAGAGCGUCCUGAUGAGGGGCAACGAUCAGGCUGGGACAGGCACAGCUGUACGCCCCGACGGAGAGAGGAUAGCGAGCCCAGACUCUUCAUGGCCUGUGAGGAGCCCCUGGAGGACCUGUCAGAGCCCAGUGACAAGUCAGAGAAGACCCAAGCCACUCUCAGUCUGGGGAUGGAUCUGAAUCUGGACUGGAUGACACUGGAGGAUUUUCAGAGGCAUUUGAAUGGAGACGAUGAGGUUCUGAGUGGACCUCCACUAUCUCCCAGUGAGCUGAGAGAUGCUGUAAAGAGUGGAGAUUACCUGGCUGUAAAACUAGCUCUGAACUCUAAAGAGGACUACAAUCUGGACCAAGAGGAUGGCAGUGGCAUGUCUCUGAGCAUGCUGGCUGCAGCUGGAGGCCAGGACGACAUCCUGAGGUUGCUCAUAAGGAAAGGAGUGAGAGUGAACGGACGUCAGAAGAAUGGCACCACAGCACUCAUGCACGCUGCUGAGAAGAAUUUUCUGACUACAGUGGCCAUCUUGCUAGAGGCUGGGGCAUAUGUGAAUGCUCAGACAUUAGGAGGAGAGACAGCACUGAUGAAAGCCUGUAAGAGGGGAAACCUUGAUGUGGUGCGCCUGUUGUUGGAAUAUGGAGCAGACUGCAAUAUCAUGUCCAAACACGGGAAAAACACGGCCAUGUACUUCGCCAAACUGGGCAACAACCUGAUGGUGGGUGACCUCAUCAAGGACCACACCAGCAUGCUAUGCAGUGUGACGGAUGAGGCCAUCAGGGCGUACUUUGAGUCUCGUCUGGCAGUUCUGGAGCCAGUCUUCCCUUUAGCUUGUCACCGCCUGUGUGAGGGACCAGACUUUUACAUGGAGUUUGGAUACAAGCUGCAGCCACAACCUGAAGGCGCCGGGAUCCUCCUGUUCAUUUUCCACGCCAACUUCCAGAAUGAGAUCACGGCUCGUUUGUGCGGCCCUUGUGCCGUCCACGCAGUUGUGCUCAAUGAGAAAUUCCAGCUGCCAAUCUUCCUGGACAGUCACUUUAUUUAUUCGUUCAGUCCUGUCCCAGGCAUCAACAAGCUCUUUGUCCGCCUGGCAGACUCUCCUACAGCAAAGGUCAAGCUGCUCAUCUGUGCAUACAAAGUCCAGCUGCAGGGGACAUUUUGAGGACAACAGAGGACAUCUUUGGAACACCCAGAGGUCCAGGGUUGUUGGGGAAACGGGAAAGAACCAUGCACUUGGACAUGGACAAUGGAACACUCCCCAGUUUACUGUGAAGCUGACCUUUGAGAACAUGGCACUGCUACAGCCAAGUGGACAACAGGGGCUGGGGGCUCCCUCUGCUGGUGGAUAGUGUCAGUGCAUUUUUUUAUAUUUCACAUUGCUAAAACUGUGUGGUGAAAGACUGCUACUUUUGAAAUCUGUUUUAUAUACUUGGAUCAGAUUAAGUGUUCAGAAAUUGAGAAAGCUGUUGCUCUUGUUUUGUGAGAUUUCUGUAAAUAUAACCAUUACCAAACAA